AGCUGGGGGGAGCGGGGAGAGGCAUGGCUGCAGCCUUGCCGUGGGGCGGCCAGCGGCCCCGCGCAACCAACAUGGCUGCGGGUGCGAGGAGGCGCUCGGCGCUGAAGCCGCCUGGCCCCCGGCAGUCCCCUCCUUGCCCCACGGCCCCCAGCCUGUAGCCAGGGGGAGGGGAAGUGGUUCGAGCCGCGGCUCGGGACUAGGGGGUGGCAACUGCAAGGGGAGCGGCCGCCUUUAUCCCCAGCGCCUGCCCCAGGCGGCGUCUGCCCGGCGGAGAGCGGGGAGGCGGCCGCGGGUAAGUUGGGCGGCCGGGCGGCGCUGCGGGUGUCAGCUAUCGCGGGGGGAAGAAGAGCCACAGCCCCUGCCUGAGCCCGGAUCUGUCCCGGGGGAGAGGAGCCUGCAGCCUCUGUCCGGCGCUCAGCCCCCGGAGCAGUCAGAGGCGGGGGAGACGCGGAGCUGCCCGGGGGGUGCCCGCUGGGGCAGGAAGGGGGAGGCGCCGCCGCAGCAUCUCCCCGGGCGCACCGAGCCGCGGGUGGCUUUGCCCGCCUGCAGUGCGGGGGAGGGCAGCCCGGUGCUCCUCGGGGGGAGGACAAAGUUUGGCGGCUGGCUGCCCUGCCUCGCCCGCAGCGGCCAUGGAGCCCAAGCACAAGGAGCUGCUCGCUCAGUGCCGCCAGAGCCUGGCCCACUCCAUGACCGAGGUGGACAAAGUGAUCGAGCUGCUGGAGGCUGCUGGCACCUUGAGCCCCCGCGACCUGCUCGAGCUGCAGGAAGCCGCCGGAGGGGGAACGGGGGUCGCCAGCAAGGCCGACCUGCUCAUCCAGCUGCUGCUGGCCAAGGAUCGGGAUCAUUUCCAAGACCUGCGGGUGGCCCUGGAGAAAACGCAGCCUCACCUGCUCUCGAUCCUCUACCUGAACGGGGUGGCGGGGGCGCCGCCCGGGGAGACUGCCGGGUCCACUUACAGUGUGCUGUCCAUAAUGCCAUCUGAUUCCGAAAGUAGCAGUUCUCUCAGUAGCAUUGGUACGACAGGCAAAGCAUCAUCCCCACCACCUGUCUUAGACACAAGGCAGAUGAAUGAGAAACUAGAGACUAUUUUAUUCCAGCUCCGCCAGGUUACACGUGAGAGGGAUGAGUUACGCAAGCGCCUUGCACUUUCAUCUCCUGGAUCAACCUUUGAUGACUGCAGGCCUAGUCCAAAACCAAGUCAUGAUUAUGAACGAUUGAAGAUCCAGUGUAUGAAAGCCAUGUCGGACCUACAGUCUCUACAGAAUCAACAUACCAAGACACUAAAAAGAUGUGAAGAAGCAGCCAAAGAGGCAGAUUUUUAUCAUACCUUGCAUAGUCGACUGCUGAGUGACCAAUCACAGCUGAAGGAGGACAUGGAUACCUUGAAGAGGAAGAAUACACAACUGGUGCGAGAGCAUAACCAUCUCCAACAAUCAUGUGAGGAAAUGAAGAGACUUCAUGAUGAGGAUCAGAAAGAGAUAACAGACCUACGCAGUCAGCAACAGCAGGUUAUGAAACAGAAUGGAUCCUCAGAGAUACUAAAUAAACUCUAUGAUACAGCAAUGGACAAGCUAGAAGGUGUGAAAAAGGAUUAUGAUGCGUUAAGGAAACGGUACAAUGAGAAGAUAGCAAGCCACAAUACAGACCUUAGCCGGCUAGAACAGACUGAGGAGGAGAACAGGCGUCUUCAGAAGCAGAUUGACAUGUUAAUGAAACAGAGGGACACAGCAAUACAUGUCCAGCAGCAGUAUUCCUCCUCUCUUAGAAGGUUUGAGUCAAUUCAGCAAGAGCUAAGCAAAGCAACUGCGCAGAACAAGGAGUUGCAGAGAGAGAUGGAGCGGUUACAGUCAGAAGUGACGCGGUUCAAAACAAUGCAGCUGAAGGCAGUGAAGGAUGCAGAGAAGUACAAGGAAGAGAGAGACUCUGUUUUCAAUGAGUAUCGCCUCAUAAUGAGUGAGAGAGACCAAGUGAUCAAAGAGGUGGAUAAGCUUCAAACUGAGCUAGAGCUUGCAGAGUCCAAACUGAAAAACACUUCCUCAGAGAAAAGAGUGGCUAGUGAAGAGAUGGAAGCUUUAAGACAGGAGCUAAACUCAGCUCUAGUGGAAAGAGAUCGAGCAAUUUGUGAGAGGAAUGAGUUGCUGGAAAAGUACUGUCAUGAAGUGAAGGACAAGGCUGAGGCCCAGAAGGAACUUGAUCAAGCUUGCAAGGAUAUAGAGACAGUGAAGGAAGAAAGAGAUGUUGCCAGGAAAGAGAGAACAGAAGCUAUCAUCCAGAGAGACCAUCUGCUAAGGGAAUAUUACCAAGCUCGUCAGAUACAAGAUUCUGCUACAUUGGACAUAGAAAGAGCUAACAAAGAAAUUGAAAUGCUUCGGAAGCAAUAUGAGGCCAUGUCACAGGAGCUAAAGGAAUCCGUCCAGGAAGCAGAAGUAGCCAAAUGUCGGAGAGAUUGGGCCUUUCAAGAACGGGACAAGAUAGUUGCGGAAAGAGAGAGCAUACGGACUUUGUGUGACAACUUGAGGAGAGAGCGAGACAGAGCUGUGAGUGACUUGGCAGAGGCUCUUCGCAAUCUCGAUGACAUGAGAAAGCAAAAAAAUGAUGCUGUGCGUGAACUGAAGGAACUAAAAGAGAAGAUGGAGAACCAGUUGGAAAAGGAAGCCAGGUUUCGGCAGUUGAUAGCCCACAGUUCUCAUGAUUCAGCCAUAGACACUGAUUCUCUGGAAUGGGAAACAGAAGUGGUGGAGUUUGAAAAAGACAGAGAGGACAUGGACUUGAAAGCACUUGGUUUUGAUGUGGCAGAAGGUGUGAAUGAACCAUACCUCCCUGGAGACUGUGGGAUUUUUGUCACCAAAGUAGACAAAGGAAGUAUUGCAGAUGGUCGAUUAAGAGUGAAUGAUUGGUUGCUGAAAAUAAAUGAUGUGGAUCUCGCUAAUAAGGAUAAGAAGCAAGUUAUAAAAGCUGUACUUAAUGGAGGAGGAGUUAUUAAUAUGGUGGUUCGAAGAAGGAAGUCCUUAGGCGGGAAAGUGAUAACACCUCUGCACAUCAAUCUUGCUGGGCAUAAAGAUAGUGGAAUUAGUUUAGAGAAUGGAGUAUUUGCUGCUGCUGUUAUGCCCGGUAGCCCUGCUGCCAAAGAUGGGUCCCUUGCUGUGGGAGAUAGAAUAAUUGCCAUUAAUGGCAUUGCACUAGAUAAUAAAUCACUGACUGAAUGUGAAGCUUUGCUACGAAACUGUAGGGAUUCCCUUACCCUCUCAUUGAUGAAGGUUUUUCCUCAGAGCUCAUCAUGGAGUGGUCAGAACAUAUUUGAAAACCUGAAGGAUUCAGAGAAAAUAUCGAACUGCAGGGUUCAUACAUCAGAGAUACAAGUUCAGAAUAAAAGAAACUUGAAACACAACAGUUCAACACAGACAGACAUUUUCAAUCCAGACAUCCUGGAUGGCAAGAAGGACCAGAGCGACCAGGGGAGUGGUUCGUUCUGUGAUCACAAGCCCCUUUCCAGCCGUGCUUUACGGGCAGACUCUCGCAGGAAUGCUGUACACAGCUACCACAGUAAUUCAGAACACAGUCUUAGCUCCUUCAGUCCAGACACAUACGGGGAACGAGGCUAUGGACUGCUUGACUUGGACCGCAGGAGGCUGCCGUUUGAGCCCACGGUAGCCGACUGCAUCAUGGUUGAGACCACGCUAGACAAAGGUCAUGGAGCUAAGCAUAGUGGUGGUACGUGGCCUAAAGUGAUGGUCAAUAUUUCAACAGCAGAAACUGAGAAGUUCUCUGUGUACAAAAAGCCAAAACAAAGGAAGUCCAUCUUCGACCCUGACACUUUCAAAAGACCACAGACUCCUCCCAAAAUGGACUAUCUCUCCCCUAAUCAGUUGUCAGCGCAUUCACCUCAGCCCUCAAAAGCUGAAGUGGCUUCAACUCCUCCAACCCCUCCCAAGAGAAGUGACUCUAUUAAAUUUAAACAUAAACAGCAGACGAGUUCUGCAUCAGACUCUACUGUAAUGACUGGAUCCCCGCCUACCAGCCCAGCUACUGCCCAGCCCCCAGUGUCCUUAGCACUUAAGCAGGACUCAGAUACUCACAAGGGGCGCAGCAGGAACGCUGGGCAUUAUUACAGGGAGGAGGGGAUCGACUGCACUCAUCUAUCUUCAAGAAAAUCUUGUGAAGAUGACAUUGGCUUUCAAAGAGUUGAAGAGCCAGAGAUAAAAAGACCAAGACCAAAAUCAGCACCUGCUUUGAGACAUAAACUGACCCCUGUGCCCAUUCCUAAUCCUUCACUUCAGGUACAGAAAUACACUCCAGCCAGUGAAGAGCAUCUCUCUCCGGAGCUCCAGGAGUGGGCGCCAUAUUCACCAAAACGUUCCACUAGGCACAGCGAUGGUUUUGUGUCUUCCUCCUUGUACACUGGAGCCAUGUCGGCAGGUACUGUACCAAGAAGUUUAGCACCAUGUCCUGCAGUAACUGCUGUCCUGAGAAAUCCAGUUUAUACUGCUUGGAGCCACAGAGUUCACACCAACAAUUGCCCAUCUGUUGCCAGCCAAAUCUGCCAUCAGCACCUGCAUCCCAGUGCUCAGCACCAAGGUCGCCUGAGUUUGGACCUAAGUCACAAACACUCCAGUGAUUAUUCUGAAAACUCACGGACGAGAGCAUCACAUGGUUCAAAUUCAUUACCAUCCAGUGCAAGACUUGGUUCUUCCAGCAACUUGCAGUACAGGACGGAAAGAAUUAAGAUCCCUUUAACCCCAAGGUAUCCGAGAUCCAUCCUGGGCUCUGACAGGGGUUCACUGUCACAUUCUGAAUGUAGCAGUCCUAGCCUGAUAACCCCUCCACAGUCACCACUGAACCUGGAAACAUCAUCUUUUGCCAGCAGCCAGUCACAGAACUCCCUUUCUACGUUACCUAGGAUUUCUGUUAGCCCAGUAUCAACUGGAGAGCGUAGAAAAGAUAGAUAUCUGUUCCGUAAUAGGUCUUUUCUGAGAAUCCCUCUGGCUCCUAGGCCUAGGUUCUCAUCACUAAGGAGUUUGAGGCCGUACAUGGAAGAACCACGCCAUGUUAAAGUGCAAAAGGGUUCUGAGCCACUAGGGAUUUCCAUUGUGAGCGGAGAAAAUGGUGGGAUAUUUGUGUCUAAAGUAACUGGUGGGAGCAUUGCCCAUCAAGCUGGCCUUGAAUAUGGUGAUCAGUUACUGGAGUUUAAUGGAAUAAAUCUGAGAAAUGCUACAGAGCAGCAGGCUCGACUGAUCAUUGGACAGCAAUGUGACACCAUAACUAUUCUGGCUCAGUACAACCCACAUAUGUAUCAACUUGGCAAUCACUCACGAUCGAGUUCUCGUUUAGAACCAGUGAGCAAUCAUUCCACUCCUCAAGGCAGUGGAGCUGCAACCCCCGACAAUCAUUCCAUAAUUGAUACUGUGAGUGAACAGGAUGAAGGAACAAUGACACCUCCAUCCAAACAAACCACACCGACAACUAGUCCCCGGAAUUCCAUGAGGGUCCCUGUGGACACAAACAAGAGGACCCCUGAACCAAGAAAUGUUGUCAUUAAAAAAUCCCAAGUGGAGCUUGGAAUCCAGAUAUGUGGUGGAAACCUGCAUGGAAUAUUUGUGUCUGAUAUAGAAGAGGACAGCCCAGCAAAAGGACCUGAUGGACUAGUAACAGGAGACAUAAUACUUGAGUAUGGAUCUGUUGAUAUGCGAAAUAAAACAGCUGAGGAAGCCUACCUUGAAAUGCUGAAGCCAGGAGAAAAUAUCAGAGUGAAGGCUCAGUACAGAAUAGAAGAAUUCAACAAGAUUAAAGAGUUACCUGGAGAUGGAUUCUAUAUCAGAGCACUUUAUGAUCGGCUGGCAGAGGUGGAGCAGGAUUUAAACUUUAAGAAGGAUGACAUUUUGUAUGUUGAUGAUACCCUACCACAGGGGAACUUUGGUUGCUGGAUGGCUUGGCAGCUGGAUGAGAAUGCUCAAAAGCUAGAGAGAGGACAGAUUCCCAGCAAAUAUAUGAUGGACCAGGAGUUCUAUAGGAGACACAGUAUGUCUGAGACUAAAGAUGAAAACAGCUCCACUAAGACUUUGUCAGCAGCAGCUCGAAGAUCAUUCUUUAGAAGAAAGCAUAAACACAAGCGUAGUGGUUCCAAAGAUGGAAAAGAUUUACUGGCUCUCGAUACAAUCAGUACAGACUCCAUUCCUUUCUUGGAUGAUUCUGUGAGUCUGGCUUAUCAGCGUGUACAGAAGGUGGAUUGUACCUCUCCCAGGCCCGUACUCAUUCUAGGACCAUUACCUGAUGCUGUGAAGGACAUGCUAGUCAAAGAAUCUCCUGGAAAAUUUUGUAGAUGUCCCCUUGAAGUGAUGAAAGCUUCCCAACAAGCCAUCGAACGGGGAGUGAAAGACUGUUUGUUUAUCGAUUACAAACGAAGGAGUGGACAUUUUGAUGUGACAACAGUAGCUUCAAUAAAGGAGAUAACAGAGAAGGACUGUCAUUGUCUGUUGGACAUUGCUCCUCAUGCCAUUGAACGGCUUCACAGUGUUCAUAUCUACCCUAUUGUCAUCUUCAUUCGGUACAAAAAUGCUAAGCAAAUCAAAGAGCAAAAAGACCCAAUCUUUCUGAGGGACAAAGUUACACAAAAACAUUCCAAAGAACAAUUUGAGACAGCUCAAAAAAUAGAACAGGAAUAUAGCAAGUACUUCACAGGUAUUGUCCAGGGAGGAGCCCUUUCAAGCAUUUGCACUCAGAUUAUGACAACUGUUGAUCAAGAACAAAAUAAAGUCCUGUGGAUUCCAGCUGGCCCGCUAUAGAUACUUGCUGUGAAACUCUUCUACGGCUGUAACUAAACAGUUGGCUUUUCUUUUUGUCCAGUGGACACUGUCCAUUAUAUCUCUCUAGAGAUGUAAAGAUUGAUUUUCAUGAAGGGGAUGGAUACACUGAAUAAAAAAACAUCCACAAGGUGGGCUGGAAGAGAGAGAUCACUUUAUCAGAAAAACUUGUAUUUUACGGUGUGCUUUUAUACAAAACAGGAUGGGAUAUAACGUAGGUGUACUUUUUCAUAGGAGAUUAAUUUAGUGAUGCUGCGAAACAAAAACCCUUUAGAAUGACAAGUUUACAAAAUCCUUUUCCAAGUAUUUGGUUGUUGUUUACUUGAAUGUCUUUUUUUAAGUUUUUCCUUUCCCCAAAUGAGGCAUAUCUCCAAAAUGGAGUGAUGUUUUUACAUAUGAAUGAAUGGUUGUGGGCAGUGUGAUUCUACCUUGCAAUUCUAACCAUUUCCGAGCACGCUGUUGACAUGACUACCGGGUAAUCACAUGGGUUUUGUGAACGGUACAUUUUGGGAGUGAGCUCAGAAGGAAGUGCACUCCUCUACAGGGCAGACCACUGUUGAUAAAAUACAAAUGCUUGUCUGUCAAAGAUACUGUUUUUUGUUUUUAUGCAUGGAGCAAAUAUUUAAACAUCAUAAUAUAUCUGAUCAAUCUGAACUUAGUGUGUGUUGAGAAAUAAUUUUUGGUUGUUGGGCCUGGAUUAAGUAGAGAUGGGGAGAAUCCAUAGCUAGGCCUAGCAUGCUGUGUUUGUCACUUUUAGAGACUGUAAAUAUUGAAAGCUUAUGUUGGUGCAAUUUUGCAGGGUAAUUCUUAAGCAUUGUACUUCAGUGUGUAGCAUUCACAUAGAUUUUUAUUUAAUAUAAGAACAGUCACAGUUUUAGGGCUUUGAUUAAAAGCCUGUAGGGAGGUACUAUAAUUGCUAGUGUUGUCACUGUCAACAAAUAAGCAAUCAUUUAGUUUUGGUUCAAGACUUAUGUACCCAUUGUACCAAACUCCAUUGCAUCAAUUCCUUUUUUGUUUUUGCACUUCUGGGUCUGUGUUCCUAACAAGUUUGUUUUUGUCUCUCUUUAACUGUAUGUCAUGUUUGUAGAUACUGUACUUCAGUUGUUCUUUUGAAGAAGAACUGUUUCUCGGUGACUGUUCCUAACAUUUCAUUAUGUAGCAAGAAGUAUUUUUUAGUUUUACCCAACAGUGUGUAGUUUUGCUUUUAUUUGCAGUUUUUUUAAUUAAAAAAGGGAUUCUUCUUGUACAGCUCUUUAAAGAAAAAUUUGGUCCUAAAUUUUAACUUCUGUUUUCCAGAUACUGUUUUAUCGUUCAAAAUACUUAAAAAAAUAUAGGAAAUGUAUUGAUGAAUUACUGGUAAAAAUACUUUACAUGUUGUGGGACAGCAAUUAUAUUUUUUUUAAGUUGAGGUCAGAGUUGGACUCCAAUGGUACAGUUGAGACACAGGUACAGUUCUGACUUGGAUUUUCUGUACUAAAAAUAAAAAUGUCAAUUUGUAUAAAAAAAGUUAAAGAAACUGAUUACUGUGUUAAAUAAGUCAAUUUCUAGAA